AUGAUAUUAGGAUAUCUAUUAUAUUUUUCAUAUUAGAUAUCAAUUACUCAUAAAAAUCAAUUGAAUAAUAAACACUUUAAUGAUAGAUAUAGUUGUUUUUAUGAAGAAUUGAAAAUUGAUUAAAGAAUGGCUAUGAGCUAUUCAUUCAUUAAUUUACUAAGAAAGACUAUCUUUAUUAUUUCAACAGUAUUAUUAUAUUCAACUCCAAUUUAUUAAACAACAAUUUGUUUCUUAUCUUGUGUAUUGAAUAUUUUCCUAUUACUAUAAGAUAAUCCAUUUGAAAAUAAAUAAUAAUACUUUUUAAAUCUAAUACCUGAUCUUGCUGUUCUAAUUAUUGUUGCAAUUACUAUUGUUUUAGCAUUUUAAGAUACUUUUAUUAUGUUUAAUGAUCAAUUCAUAUAUAAUUUAGGAUGGCUCAUUGUUGCAUGUAUCUAUCUAUCAAUUGGAUUGUAACUACUCUUUUUAAUAAAAGAACUUCUAAUCAAAUUAAUUCAUAAAUGCAAAACUCUAAUUAACCACUUUAAAAAAUAAUGA